AUCGAACAACCUUCACCGCCGAUACUUGAGUAGACGCUUUCAAAUACGGUCUACAGUCGUAAGACCGCGUACAGACGUACCUCAAUACGACUCAGAAGAAAAAUGUCUAAAAGUACUUUGAUUGUCCUGGCGGCAGUGGUGGCAGUCGCCGUCCGCGAAUCUUCAGCGGUGACGAACGAAGCGACGUUUAUCAUCGACUCGGUGAACGGGGACCCAGGAAACAAGUGGACGGCUAGCGACCAAAACGUUAUUCCAGGAGAUGGAAAGAACUUCGAACAGUUGAUGGGUGUUUUACCUAGAGAUGGAAACUCGUUUAGGUUAGCUCCAAUCAAGAAAAGCGAAGGGGGAGAAUCAAACGAAGCCCUCCCCGAGAAUUUCGAUGCCAGAGAACGAUGGCCCGAGUGCUCGUCCUUGUUGAAUUCGAUCAAAGAUCAGUCUAACUGUGGAUCAUGUUGGGCCGUGUCUGCAGCUUCCGUGUUCAGCGACCGCCUUUGCAUAGCCACAGGGGGUGCGGUGGCCAGAAACUUGUCUGCCGAACAGUUGAACUCUUGUUGCUAUCGAUGUGGUCACGGAUGCGAUGGAGGGUCGCCAGAACAUGCUUGGUAUUUCUUCAAGCGACACGGUAUCGUCACGGGUGGAGAUUACGAAUCCGGAGAUGGUUGUCAACCGUACAGCAUUUAUCCUUGCGGAAAAGGAAGAAAUACUUGCAUAGAAGAGGAUCCCGACGCACCCGAGUGUUCGGUAAAAACUUGCACCAACUCGAAUUACACGAAGGACUACAGAGCUGAUUUGCACUAUGUUGAUACCGUGUACUCGCUAACAACCGAAGAAGACAUCAUGACCGAUUUAUACAAAUAUGGUCCCGUUCAAGCGGCAUUCUACGUGUACACAGAUUUCAUGUACUACAAAACCGGUGUGUAUAGUUACACGAGAGGUCAGAUAGAAGGCGGACACGCGAUCAAAAUUUUGGGCUGGGGCGUGGACAACGGCACCAAGUAUUGGUUGUGCGCCAACUCGUGGAGCCGGUCGUGGGGCGAGAACGGACUGUUCAGGAUACUCAGAGGUAACAACGAGUGCCACAUCGAAGAACGCGUGUUAGGUGGAAAGCCAAACGUGCCGAGACGAAAUAAUUAGCCGACGAGAACGUCAGCAAAUCGUCACUAUAUCGUAAAAAUACGAUAUUAUGUAGUUGCGACAACAUUAGAGUUUUUUUAUUGACCCCGGUCAUCCGUUUGUAUCGAUUGUAUUUGCAAUAAAUUAUUGUUUACAUAAAUAUUUUAUGAAAUAAAACGAAAAAUGAAAAAUAAAUAAGUAUAAAUUUUAUACUUGAUUAAAACCGA